AUGGGGACAGAGGUCCAUGGCCAGCUUUCUAGGCCAAAUGGCCCUCCACAUACCCAGCAAUUGGUAAUAUUCAUUGAUUUUCUGGAGGAGAAAUUAAAGGGUCGAACAAGCGCUGACAGGAGCGUCCGGAAGGGACUGCAGCUGAAUGAAUCGCUCGCAGUGGGACUGCAGCAAGAAGCCCAGGCAAUCACCGUUUACAGCUGGGUGAGCUGCUGCUGGGCGCAGCGGGGGCCCUGCCGGGCACGCCCUUCUACCUGCCUGGACCUCGACAAGGGGCCGAAGAAGUUCCCAGCCAUGCUGGGCGAGGCGGAGGUGGGCGAGCUGCCCUUCGGCACCCUGAAGCCCGACGGCCGCAAGGCCACCCCCUGCGGCGUAGAGGAGCUGCCGCCCGCCGCCGCCCACUACUCCAUGGACGACCUCAGCCCCGAGUGCUACUACCUGCCGUCGCCCGGGCCACUGGGCGCCGACUUGGGGGGCGGCUACUCCCUCUUCCCCUACCUGGCAGCAGCGCAGCACUGCGCCAUGUACCAGCCGCCCGCCGCGGCGCGCUACCCCUACGGCUCGGUGCUGCCGCCGGGGGUCUUCGCCGGCGCCGUCUGCCUGCCUGGCGCCCGGGCGCAGUUUGGCGGCGGCGACGGCUACCAGUAUGGGCAGGCGGCGGGCGAUGGCCCCCUCUACGGCCCCUACCCGGAGGCGGCGGCGGCCGGCUCCUGCGGCGGGCUGGGGGCGCUGGGGGUGCCGGCGGCAGGGCCUGGGCUGCGGGCGCAGGUUUUACUCUGCAGCCAGCCCCUCUGGCUCAAGUUUCACCAGCACCAGAUGGAGAUGGUCAUCAGCAAGCAGGGCCGGCUCAUGUUCCCUUUCCUGAGUUUUAAUGUCACCGGCCUCAACCCCACGGCUCACUACAACGUGUUUGUGGAGGUGGUGCUGGUGGACCCCAACCAGUGGCACUUCCAGGGGGGCAAGUGGGUGACCUGCAGCAAAGCCGACAACAACAAGCAAGGCAGCAAGGUUUAUGUUCUCUCUGAAUCGCCUGACACCGGGGCUCACUGGAUGGGGCAGGAGAUCUCUUUCAGGAACCUGAAGCUGACGAACAACAAAAGUCCCAACAACAACAACGCACAGAUGAUAGAACUACGGUCUCUACACAAAUACCAACCUCGGCUGCAUAUUGUAGAAGUGACUGAAAAUGGCGUGGAAGAUUUGAAUGAUUCUUCAAAGACUCAAACAUUUAUUUUUCAUGAAACGCAAUUCAUAGCAGUUACAGGAUAUCAAAACAUUGAUGUUUGCCAGCUCAAAAUUGACCAUAAUCCUUUUGCAAAAUGCUUCAGAGACACUUGA